GAGAUCAUUCAAUGUAUCGUUCAGAGAUUCAUCUACGACAUGCAGCGAGAGAGUGAAAUCAGUGGCGGCACAACUGACGAUAUCAAACAUCAUUUCGAGCGCAUGCGCUACGAGGUGAUGACCCACUACAAAGCUAAAGAUGAGAGCAUGAUCAUGGCAGUAGACGCAGUUCGUGAGAUCGCCAAGCAG